AUGGAGAUGUCUCUGCCGAACGGUGUCGAUGUUUCCCAGCUGGUGCAGCAUCCAGUGCUCGCCGCACUGCCUCCAUUCUUCCUCAGGGCUUCUGAAAGAUAUCAGCGGACUCCAAAGUGUGCUCGCUGUCGGAACCAUGGCGUGGUGUCGGCGCUGAAGGGUCACAAGAGGUACUGCCGGUGGAGAGACUGCGUGUGUGCCAAGUGCACGCUCAUAGCGGAGCGACAGCGUGUCAUGGCUGCUCAGGUCGCCCUACGCCGUCAACAAGCACAAGAAGAAAACGAAGCUCGGGAGUUGAACCUCCUAUACGCUAGUCAAACAUCCACGGCGCCACACCACUACUCGGAUAUGCCCGAUGAAAGUCCAGGUAAGAACCCAUUUGUACUAGACUGGACAUAG